CUCGGUUCUAACUUCUUGUUUGACCCUUCUCUCCGUGACUUUCUCGCUUUGCCCAAAUCGAAACGACGAAGAUCGACGGCGCCACCGACGACGACGACGGCCGGUAUCUCGCCAGAUCGCCUCUCCCCGCCACCGCCUUCCUCCCUCUCCCUCGCCCGCCCGCGACCGCCGCCGCCGCCGCCGCCACCGCCACCGCGAUAACCCGAGGCGGCUUCGCUUGCUUCUGCAGGAAGGAAGGAAGGCGUGCUUAAGGAAUUCUAUGGACGGAGCUGGGGGUGAUGGCGCCGCGGCGCCUCUGGCCAAGUGGAGAAACGAUUUCUCGAGGGAGUUUCAGAAAUUUCUAGACCGAUCGACCCCUCACAUGGUGGAGCGGUGGCUGGGAACUUCUGUUGCAGCGUUGAUUUAUAUGUUGAGGGUUUACUAUGUUCAAGGGUUUUACAUCGUCACGUAUGGGCUCGGAAUCUAUAUCUUGAACUUGUUGAUUGGGUUCCUUUCGCCGAAGGUUGAUCCGGAGUUAGAAGUGCAGGAUGGGGCUUCGUUGCCAACAAAAGGAUCGGAUGAGUUUAAGCCUUUCAUCCGCCGCCUUCCUGAAUUCAAGUUCUGGUAUGCAAUCACAAAAGCUUUCUGCGUGGCUUUUGUGAUGACCUUCUUUUCAGUAUUUGACGUUCCUGUGUUCUGGCCAAUAUUACUCUGCUACUGGCUUGUACUUUUUGUCCUCACGAUGAAGCGCCAAAUUGUGCACAUGAUGAAGUACAAAUAUGUGCCAUUUAGCAUUGGAAAACAGAGGUAUACGGGAAAGAAGACAGGUGCAAGUAGCAGUAGCUCAAUGAGGGACUGAAGCUCUUGCCAAAUCUGUUAUUCGCGCAUCGAUACUCAUGCUUCUUUCCUUCUUCUCAAACACAGUCCAAACGUAGUUAAUGUUUCUCGUAUUAUGCUCUGAUGUUACACCUGUUCUCGUUAUUGUCAGUUGUAACUGGCAUCUCUUAGUAUUCUUUUCCUUAGAUAUAUUCUUAAUGCACUACCAACCAUCUUUUUCUUCCUUUGUAUCUUAGACAGACUUCCGGGCGAUAAUGAUUGAUUACUUGUUCUCUUAUCAUAGAACUGUAGCUGA